AUGGAUCGCAGAAGAGGGCAGUUGGUGAAUCUACUGAUUGUAAUGCUUCAGAAAUUAACUCGUGACACUUUGCGGAGCAGUGUAUUUACAAGCGUGGAUCUGGCUGGCUUACGAGCGAUAGACCCUGCGUUCCAUUUCGAGAAAGAUAUUCGCGACGUGACUACAUUGUUGUCGUUGAGUCGUGAAGAAUCCACCGUUGAAAAUGUCGCGAUUGCUGCAUUGUCAUCGUGGGCUUCGGUUUCCCACAAAAGAAUCACAAAUGUUUUGAAACGAAUAUUUCGAAGUGAGAAGUUAGAAGAUGAACUGCACAAUCCGAAGUUAACGCACUUCAUAGCCGAACAUGCCCAUCCUUCUCUACAGGUGAGUAGGCAACGCAGAUGUUUUAUUUAUUUAGAUAGAAUGUAUAAC